CCCGUGCGCCUUUCUGCUUUCGGUGGCUUGAAGAGGGCCGUUGGAUACGAAAAGGGAGGCAUCACCGGUCCCUUAUUCAACAUACAAGCAGGCGAUAAGCUAUCAGUCACAUCCUGCCACUCUGUUCAGCAUGGUUCGAGGACGUAGAUCGAGUAAUUUGGGUGCGGACAUCCGCGGUGACACCGGCGCACCGGCCAUGUCGACCAUGAAUGAAGUCAGCCCAAUUGAUGCUGAAGCCCCGAGCUGGGACAAGGUGCUGCAGUCCAGUGCCUCCGAUGACAAGUCGACGAAGCUGCCCGCGAAACGCCGCAAGAAGUCCUCUUUGCGCCGCUUCAAGGACGUUUGCCUGAAGCACACCUGGCUUCUGCCGUUGCUGAUCCUCAUUGUUCUUCUGUCCCUGUAUGCGAUCAACCCGACAACAUCGAAUCCGCUGCACAGCGCCAUCUUCCUGUCCUACCCGCAGCCCCCGAAGUACCCCGGCGGUCCGAUUAUGUACGGCAAGGGCCCCAAGGAUAUUGCUUUCGUCUCCUUCUACACGGUGGUCCUGUCUUUCACUCGUGAAUUUAUGAUGCAGCGCUGGAUCCGACCCUUUGCGGUGUACUGUGGCAUUCGCGGAAAAGGCAAAACUGCUCGGUUCAUGGAGCAGGUGUAUACAGCGAUUUACUUCGGAAUCUUCGGUCCCUUUGGUCUGUAUGUCAUGUACAGAUCCGACAUCUGGUAUUUCAACACUACAGCCAUGUUUGAAGGCUUUCCUCACCGGGAGCAUGAAGCGCUGUUCAAGGCCUACUACCUGCUCGAGGCGAGCUACUGGGCGCAACAGGCGAUUGUCUUGAUGCUUCAAUUGGAGAAGCCCCGCAAAGACUUCAAGGAGCUGGUGGCACACCACAUAAUCACCUUGGCCCUGAUCGGACUGAGCUACAGGUUCCAUUUCACUUACAUGGGUAUCGCCGUGUAUAUUACGCACGAUAUCUCUGACUUCUUCCUUGCCACCUCCAAGACCCUCAACUACCUCGACCACUGGAUCACUGCGCCGUACUUCGGUAUGUUCGUCGGCAUGUGGAUCUAUCUUCGUCACUACCUGAACCUGAAGAUCCUCUGGGCUGUUCUGACUGAGUUCCGCACUGUUGGACCCUUCGAGCUUAAUUGGGAGACUCAGCAGUACAAGUGCUGGAUCAGUCAAUACAUCACCUUCGCCUUGCUGGCCAGUCUGCAAGCUGUCAAUCUGUUCUGGCUUUUCCUGAUUCUGCGAAUCCUGAAGAACUACAUCAUCAGCGACAUCAAGAAGGACGAGAGAAGCGAUGAUGAGGAUACGGAGGAGGAGAUUCCUAUUCCCGACGCAAGCAGCCAUGCCACCAUCGCAACGGGUAUCGAGGAGCCGACGCUGAGUGCCCGCAGCAAGGAGAACAAGACUCCCCAAGUCCUUGUGAACGGUCAGCCGGUGUACAACAAGCACUAGCCAACUGCGAAUUGCAGACUGGUCGGUCUCCUACUAUCGAGCUGCGGCGAAAGUGCGCAUCUGAGCGGUCCAUCCCCGGAUCGUGUAGCCCACCCUUGGGUGAGGCUUGUCUAUAACUUUU